CUUGACAAUUCUUUUCAACAUUCAACAUUCAAAAUUAAAACUAGCAUAAAUGGGCUGGUUUUCAAGGUCAUCAACAACGAUAACACCCGCUACUGAAGAUCCACAGCAGGAGACGUCUUCAACCUCGAUUCUGAAAGCACCUGUGGAUGUACCCAUAGGACCUACACCUGUCUCUGCCACUACCAAGGCACCGUUCAAGGUCGAGGCCGCAAAGGCUGUUGCAGCAGUGACAUCCAACGAGUCAUUGGAGAGUUUGAAAGAGACUGUUGCUAAAAUGGCGAUGGCUGCCAAUACAGAUGAUACAGAUCAUACCGACAAUAAUACCACUACGACCCCAUUAGCCUCCUUAGAGACAUCAGAAACGGAGGCAGAAAGAAAAACAAAAACAGGACCCGAACUAAAUGAAGGAUCAGGAUUAAAGCCAAAGAAAAAAGCACCAGAAAUCCUGGACUUUGACGAAUACAAGACAUCAGACGAUGUUUUUGAUCGCUUCAAAGUUGGAGAUGCUAUAAACCGACUGGCAGCAUGUUCCUCUUUGGGAUCCAACCUUCGCAAUUACUAUCGUUUUGGAGCAUACAGAGAUUGCAAGGAUAAAUAUGACCAUUUAAAAUUCUGUUUGAGCCUCAAGACCAAAUCUUCGCAAGUGGCACAGGUCAUGAUUCAGAAACGUGACGCAGAGAUUCGAGCCAAAAAGAAAAGCCAACCUAAUUCAGAAGAUGUCUGGGUUGCAAGGAGUCAUCCUCCUGAAGAACUACAACAGUUAUCAAGAGGAGAAAUAGACGACGACUCAGACACCUUUACAAGCGAUUGAUUUGAAG